UUUCUGUCAAAAGUUUAUCGAUGAUCAUCUCAAUUUAAUUUUAAUCUUCGAUCUGAAUCGUUGAACAUUAUUGAACUUUUCUUUUUCUUUCCUCCUCUUCCUUAAAAUCAUGUUGUUCAAAUUGUUCAACGUUUUCCUAAAAUUUUUAAUGAUACAGACCAUUUGUAUCGUUAUGUACACGAAUGUAUCUCAACAAAAUUAUCUUGAUAUCGAUCAGAUGGAAAAGAUUGAAAAUUUGCUGACGGUCUAUGAUUUGGAAACUGAAAUUCCGUUGAAAGGAGAAUUGAUCGAUUUAAAGAAAGAUGGAUCGAUCUCUACAACCGUAUAUCGUGUGAAAUGCUUUUAUGAAAAUUAUACUUACAAUUGCUGCAUAGGUAUCAAGUUUUUAUGGAUAAAGGCUCCAGUGUGUGUCACGGCAGGUAUUGACCGUGAAAAUAUCGGCAUUUUUAUAAAAUUUACCAUAAACCAAAAAAGGAUCUUCUCCAAGAGCAUAUCUUUAAAAAGUCCUGAGAUCUGUAUAAAAAUUAAAAAAUUAAUUAAAAAAAUCCAUCUUGUAAAAGUUUGCAUUAAAAUACAUGAUAUUUCUAUUUCUGACGAUAAUCUGCAUUUUUGCAUUGACUUAAAAAUUAAAAUUUUGUUCAUAACUAAAAAAAUUCAAUUCAAUUGCGUAAACAUUAAAACGAAGAGAAUUAAUUGGGAUAAUUUCGCACUGGAGCAACCUGAUCAGACAGAGCAACAAGUCAUCGAAUUCACCUACGACGAAGAGGAUUUUGAUCUGAAAGAUCUCGAGACUUAUAUCAAUUAUAUAUCAACAUUGAUUCCUAAAGAAGAACAAAAGAUAGUUAAAAAUAGACAAUUAGAGUUGUAA